AUGCCUUCUCCACGCCGAGUACGCCUACUGAUCCUGGCGACAAUCGGCACCUUCAUCUUCAUUCUCUUCUACACCUCUGGUUUUGACGGUCACCACGAUGCUGAAACAUCCACCGGCCAAGAAUUCAUCAAGAAGACCCAAAAUGCCAUGAGCGCAAACGAGAUGCCUGCUCCCAUCGUGGACUUUGCCACUGGCGAGAAGGCUGGAUCAGCCCACAGCGACAAGGACGGAGACGGUGAUAUCGACGAGGAAGACAAAAAGAUGGCCGAAGAGAUGCAACAACGUCUCAAGGCUGCUGAGGCAGAAGCCAAGGGCAAGGCGAACGAGAAGGGUGGUCUGCGACCGGACCCCCCUAAGAAAGUCGUGGGCGUCGGAAGUUCUGCCGAGGGACAGAACAAGGACAAGAUUGUCAAGCCGGCCGCUGGAGAGAAGGGCGCUGCUGCUGCUCCCGAUGCUGCUGCCGCUGACAAGAAGCCCGUGACAGAGACAAGGACCAAGGAGGAACUCGAGGCUCGCGCAGAGCUUGAUUCAAUCCUCAAGAAGUCACCUGUUAUCAUCUUCUCCAAAACCUAUUGUCCCCACUCGAAACGAGCCAAGGCCAUUUUGAUUGAAAAGUACGCCAUCACUCCCGAGCCGUACAUUGUCGAACUCGACGUCCACCCUCAAGGCUCAGCCCUGCAAGACCAACUACUCGAGACGACUGGACGAAGGACUGUGCCUAAUGUCAUGGUCAACGGCGUGAGCUUGGGAGGCGCCGACGACAUAACUGAGAUGGAUCACGCAGGCAAUCUCGUAGGCAAGAUUGUCGACCUCGGAAACAAGCGCGUAGAGGUUACGGCACGAACCAAGUAA